AUGACCAAUGAUGACAAAGAGAAAGAGACACGUGAUAUAUCGGACUUGCUGGAGACUUUUGGCAAAUAUCAGAUUAUACAGUAUAUGUUGAUAUGUCUACCAAUAAUAUUUGUAGCCAUGAUUAGCAUUAACUUCGUGUUUACUGUUGGCGAUGUUGAUUACCGAUGUCAGAUUGAUGAAUGCGAAGAGGCAAAUUCGACAGCAGAAUUCCCAAUUUGGUGGCCUGAAACAACUAGAGAUAGAUGUUCCAGGCCUGUACUCAGCAAAGGAGUAAAAGUGUGUUCCAACAGUAGUUUCACCGGUGAACUGGCCACUUGUGAUCACUGGAUAUAUGAAAACAAUAACACUGUUAUUGCAGAGUUGAACCUGGCCUGCCAGCCAUGGAAAUCAAAUCUGAUUGGUACGUUCCACAACUUGGGUAUGAGUAUUUCUAUAGUUGUGACUGGUUGGAUGUCGGACAGGUUUGGUCGUAAACCUACGCUAAUAUUUUGCGUGUCUGGAGGUAUUAUCGGACAAAUUAAGACCAUCGCUACCUCUUAUUACAUGUAUAUUGGUAUAGAGUUCCUGGAAGCAUGCGUCGUUGGAGGAUCUUACGCUGUUGCCACCGUUAUACUAUUGGAGAUAGCAGGAAAAAGAUACAGAGUACUUGCAGGUGUUCUUUUUUCAUACACUGUAUACUUUGGAGAAGUUGUAUUCGUCUGUAUCGCAAUGCUGGUACCCUAUUGGAAGACGCUGAUUCAUAUUAUAAACGGCCCUAGCAUCUUUUCUAUACUUUUGUUUUUCUUAAUAAACGAAAGUCCCAGAUGGCAGAUCGUAAGUGGAAGAGUUGAAAGUGCAAAAACAAAUUUAAAAAGAAUUGCUAAAGAUAAUAAAAUAUGUAUUAGUAAUGAAGAAUUAGAAAAUAUUGAUGAGGAUAAACUAAAAGAAAAGUUUGACAUUAAAAGUUAUGAGGUCAAAGAAAAUUAUAUAGAUGCUUUCAAAUCCAAAGAAAUUACUAAGCGGUUGUUUGUUGCAUGUAUAUGUCAAUUUACAUCCAACUUUGUAUAUUAUGGAAUAAUGAUAAACUCUGUUUGGCUGCCAGGAGACAAACAUCUGAACUUUCUCCUCUCUUCACUAAUGUCUUUUCCUGGAGAGAUAAUCUCUUUGUAUUUGAUGAACAAAGUUGGGAGGAAAAUUCCAUUGCAGGCUGGAUUUUUAACAUGCGGAUUGCUAUGCAUUAUCUCGGUGCUAAUCCCAACAGAAUAUUCAUCGGUGAAAUUGUCAGUUGUUCUGCUAGCUAAGGUGGUCAUAUCGGCGUGCUAUACAGGGGCAAUAACGUUUGCCAUGGAACUAUUUCCCACCAGUGUGAGAGGUUCACUGUUUGGUCUAGCGUUAUUUACUGCUGAGAUAGGAGGCAUGCUGGCACCGCUAACGCCAAUUUUGAAUAAUAUAUCAAAUAUAGUACCAUUCAUGUUCUUUGGAUGCGCCACCAUUAUCGCGGGUGUUCUCCUCUACUUGGCUCCAGAGACCAAGGAUAUGCCUUUGUAUGAUACCAUUGAGCAAAUGAAAAACUCUGGAAUAACAAAUGUCGUGACAAAAAAUAAUAACGUCAUCACUGACGUAAAUGCUGACAAUUAUAUAUGA